CGCAUAAAAAAUAAUUUUUGUUUAAAAUUCGGAAUUCUGAAUUCUAAUUUAUUUAUUCGCUUUAGCAUGAUAUUAUCGGGUUAAUUUAAUUUUUUUGCAAAAACAAAAAAAAAUGUCUCGUCAUCGAAACAUUCGAACACGUACUUUUUCCGAUGAAUUGGAUGAUUAUGAUUAUGAUCAAUAUGGACGUUCGAUUGAUGAUGAUUUAUCAUGUAUAUCACCAAGUACAGCAAAUAUGUAUCUAUAUGAAAAUAAUAUGAAUACAUUUCCCGAAUCAUUGGAGCAACAACAACAACAAAAAAAGCCAUCGGAUGAAAGUGAAGAUAUGACAAAUGCAACAAUCGAUUCUUGUAUACAAUUUAUUCGUGAUACAAUUGGCCAAACAAAAUCGGAAGAGGAAAUUCUUUUUGCUCUGAAACAAACUGAUUGUAAUCCGGAAUUAGCUUUGAAUUUUUUAUUAUCAAAUGAUGGUCGUAAGGAAAAAGAACAGCAACAACAACCUAAAUCUACAAACAUUGUUCCAGAUUUUGGUUUAGCAACACAACAAAAUCCGACAAAAUUAUUUCGAGCUUUGACAGCAAAAUUGCCAAAUUCUUCAAUGACAAAACGUAAUAAAAAUAACAUCAUCAACAACAACAACUACAAUGAUUAUAAAAUUAGAAAAAUUUUAAAAUAUUUCAUGUUAAAUUCAAUGGAAAUGUACAGAAAUCGUAGAGAUUCUUCAAAACCACCACCGACGACGACGAAUACAAAACAACAACAACAAACGCCAAGUUCUGAAAGCAAUAAAAAACCGGAAAAUAUUGAAUCAACAGUGAAAAAAAUUGCUUCAAACAAAAUGAUGCUUGAAACACCGGAUAAAUUAACCACCACUGCAUCAUCGAUUCCAUCCAGUCCAAUUAGUGCAAAAAUAAUUAGACAAAAUAUUAAACAAAAAUCAGUGGAAGAGAUUAAAAAAAUUUAUCAACAAAAACGUAUUGAUGGUCAGAAAAUGUUACUGAAUCUAGUGAUUGCUGGUCAUGUUGAUGCUGGUAAAAGUACAAUAAUGGGACAUCUUUUAUCAUUGUUGGGUAAUGUUUCGAAAAAACAUAUGCAUAAAAAUGAAACGGAAGCAAAAAAACUUGGUAAAUCAUCAUUUAUGUAUGCUUGGGUAUUGGAUGAAACAGAUGAAGAAAGAAAUCGUGGUAUAACUAUCGAUAUUGGUUAUCAUUGUUUUGAAACAAAAAAACGUAUUGUAAAUAUAUUGGAUGCACCUGGUCAUCGUGAUUUUAUACCAAAUAUGAUACAAGGUACAACAAAAGCUGAUGUUGCAAUGUUAGUUAUUGAUGCAACCAAAGGUGAAUUUGAAAGUGGUUUUGAAGCUGGUGGUCAAACACAAGAACAUAUCCUUCUAUUACGAUCAUUUGGUAUAACACAAGUUGCUAUUGUUAUUAAUAAAAUGGAUAAUAUUGAUUUUGAUCAAGAACGUUAUAAUCAAAUUGUCGAUAAGAUACGAAAAUUCUUGAAACAAGUUGGUUUUAAAGAUCAAUCAGUUGAAUAUAUACCAUGUAGUGGCAUGACUGGUGAUAAUUUAAUUGAACUAUCAAAAAAUCCUAAUUUUAAUUGGUAUAAUGGGCCAACAGUUAUCGAUAUAAUAGAUAAUUUUACCUGUUCACAACGUAUAGUGGAUAAACCAUUUCGAAUGUCAAUUAAUGAUUUAUUUAAAGGACAAACUUCUGGUAUUUAUUUGUCCGGUAAAAUUGAUUAUGGUUAUGUUGAAUUGAAUCAAAAAUUACUCAUUUUACCUGUUGUUGAAUAUGGUACCGUUAAAAAUAUCAUUAUUGAUAAUCAAAAUCAAACAGAAGCAUUUGCAGGUGAUUUUGUCUAUUUAAACAUUAUUCAAUCGGAUGGUUUAGAAAUAUCUAUUGGAAAUGUUAUUUGUGAUAUUUUAUCGCCAUGUACAAUGGCAACCAAAUUUGAAGCUCGUAUAGUUACAUUUGGUACUAUUGGAACACCUUUAAUAAAUGGUUCAUCAUUAAUAAUUUAUUCGGUUUGUUUGAAUGAAGUAGUCACAUUAACUAAACUAUGUUCACAAUUAGACAAAAACAAAAAUGAAGUGAUCAAAAAAAAUCCAAGAUUAAUAGGUAAAAAUCAAGCUGCAAUUGUACAGAUAACAACAACAAAACCGAUUUGUAUUGAAACAUUUGAAAAUAGUAAAGAAUAUGGACGUUUUGUUUUACGUUCUGAACAUUUUACAAUGGGCACUGGGAUUGUAACAAAAAUUUUAAAAACAAAUUAAAUUUUUUUAAAAAA